GCAAUUUACACAGCCACAACUUCGUUCGUUUCAAUAUUUCAACAUUGACGCGCCUGCGCCCCUGUCAAUCAGCCUCAUCUCACUCUAAAUCUUAACAUCCAUCCGGAGAGUGAGAGCAUGGCAUUUCUCGUGUUGUUGUGGUAAAUGAUGGAGGUUUCACUGGGCUCGUUCAAUCCUAUGACUCUAUUUCAGAUUUUCUUGUCGGAUUCCUUUCAGAUGAGGCGCAGCUAUUGGAAGCAGUAAUUGAUGUAUAAGAUGGGGGACUUUUUUCUACAACUUCAAACUCACAAUUCAGCAACUCAAAUUCAAAACUCUAGUUCUAUACUCUAUAUCGCCCAACAUCUAUCCUCCAUCCAUCCCAACCACCAAAAUGAAAACAGUCCUCAUCCUCACCACCCUCCUCUCCCUCGCACUCGCCAGCCCUCUAAACCCCCGCCAAGGCGUGGGCUACCCCGAGCCCCCCGAACACGCCUGCGACUGCAACUACAUGUGCACCAACGAAGCUGGAGAACUCAACUGUGUGUGCCUAAUCCUCUCCCUAAACGAAUGCUACCGCGUCCAACAAAUCAACCAAUUCCCCUGCCUCCCACCCACCUUCCCUGCCGAAUGCAACAACACCGCCCUGCCUUCUCCCCCUAAAAGCGUCCGCCAAACCCCCUCCCCCGCUAACGAGGGUGAGAACUGCGGCGGCAUCCUUGGGACGUCCUGCACCGACGGCCUGAUCUGCGUGAGUAACGACCCAGAUUGUCGGGAUUGUGAGGGUCUGUGUGAGUCAAACUUAUGUGGCGGGAUUCUCGGGGAGAAUUGUCCGAGGCAUUAUGAGUGUGUGUUGGAUGAGGUUUGCUUGAAUCAAGGGGGUGGGAGUGAUUGUACUGGGGUGUGUGAGUUGUCGCUAUUUGGGGGGAAGUAGGUGUGCGUUACGGAGAGGUGUAGAACAGAGCAGGGCAGGGCGGUUGAGUUGAGAAAAGUUCCGUCUUUGCAGCUUGGUGAACUAGAGAAAGGAACUAGCCGGGAUUGAAGACCAGGCUUGAGCGGCGAUGUGUACGAGGCUUUUAGAACUUCUGUAAAAUAUUUUGCUU